ACCGGGGCAGCGGCACCGGGACCGGGACCGGGCCGGGCCGGGCCAUGGCCCCGCACCCGCCCAGCGCCGGGCAGUACCUGCGCUCCGACAGCGGCGGCUCCCACACGCCGAUGCUGCCCGAGGCUCCCGGGCCCGCUGCCGGUGCCUGCCCCGCUGCCGGUCCGGACGGCGGCCCCGGGGCGGCGCGGGGGCAGCGGCGGCGGCGGUGCGGGCCGCUGUGGGGCAGCGUGGCCGUCAUGGCUAUCCUGGCCCUGCAGAUCGCCUCCACCACCGGCCUCUUCGUCUACUUCACCAUGGCCAUCUCCAAGCUGAAAUCCCAGGCUCCGGGCAGCGCGGAGGAGCUGCGGUGUCUGCAGGUGCUCAAUCAGCAGCCCGAGGGCUCCAACCUGGAGGAGCUGAGCAGCAGCCAGGGCUGCCUCAAGCUGGCCAGCACCAUCAAAGCCUACGUGGCCACGGUGACCGAGAACAUCAUCCGCAGGAGUGCCGUGAAGGAGGCCUGGCGGAGCUACUUCAACACCUCAGAGGGGCAGCUUCCUCCCAAAACAGCUGGGAAACCCUCGGCACAUCUCACCCUCCGCCCACAGAGCCUGGCUCAGGAUGGACGCUCGCAGAGCUUCGGGAACCUGUCGCAGUCGUGCCGCCACGCCAUCGCGCACUGGGGGCACGGCAGCCUGCACUCCCACGUGCACAACAUGAGCUACCGCGCCGGGCGGCUGCGCGUGGAGCAGCCGGGAAAGUACUACGUGUACUCCCAGAUCUAUUUCCGCUACCGCGGCGCCGGCCGCGACUCGGGCCCGCAGCUGGUGCAGUGCAUCCAGUGGCAGCCGGCCCACAGCCCGCCCGUGCUGCUGCUCAAGGGAGUGGGCACCAAGUGCUGGGCGCCCGACGCCGACUACGGGCUCCACGCGCUCUACCAGGGCGGACUCUUCGAGCUCAAGGCCGGGGAUGAGCUCUUCGUCUCCGUCUCCUCCUUGGCCAUCGACUCCAACGAUGCCGCCGCCAGUUACUUCGGGGCUUUCCGCCUCGACCUGUGACUCCCCCUGCGCUCCCCCGGGGCUGGCACAGCCUCUCCUUCCGUGGUGUCCCUUGUGCUGAGGGACGAGCCAAGAAGGGCCCGGGGGUGGCUGCGGCUCGGUGCCGCCCUGCAGGGAAGGAGGAAGGGUCUCUGAGGACACACAGGGGACAUCCCAGCCUCGGUGACACCUCCCAGCGGCUCCCUGCAGUGGGAAAGGCACCAGGGCCACGUCUGCCACUGCAAGACAAAGUGUCCCCAUGGUGACACCCGUGAACCCGACCCCACCUCGGGCAGGGCUGCGGAUGCCGGGACCUGGGGCUGGAAGCACCCCCGGGGUGGCACCUCUGGGUUGUGAGGGUGGGGCAGGUCCAGUGUCGGCCUCUGGAAGGGAAGGAAGGAGUUUCAGUGUGGGAGAUGUUUGGGAGAUGGUUCCAGGGAGGACAAAGGGCAGGGAACCGCAGCAGGCGCCAGGCCUGGCACCGCACCCAGCACGUGGCACCGGGGCACGUGGUGAGCGAGCCAGGCUGCAGAGCCCAGGAGCUCAGCACGGCUGCUGAACAAGAACCUCUUCCCAUGGGGAUUCUGUCCCCCCCAGCCCUCGUGGACAGCGCAGUCCCCACCUCCUCACACCUCCAGGCCUGGCAGUCCCUGCAGGAUUCCAGCUCUGGCUGAGCCCAGUGGGCACAGCAGGACCUCGGAGGGACCAAACCAGCCCUGGGGUGAUGGAGCACCAGAGGCCAAAGGUGGGCUCAGGCAGGGCCCAGCUGGCUCAGCCCAUGGACACAGCCCCCUUGUCUAACUCCCCUGUACUCUGUAUCCUGCUGAGAGCGGGGGGAUUUGCAGGCAGUGGGCUCCCAGGGAGGAUGGAAUAAAGCCUUGUACUCCAGCACGGGUCUGGCCCCUUUGCACCCAGGACAAGGCUGGGCAGGGUGGAUCUGGGGGCAGCAGGGCACUGCUGGGGCACUGCCAGAGCUCCAGACAGAGCCCAGCAGAGGCUCCUGCUCUUGCUGUACCUCCAGGGGCUCUGCGGCCGCCGGCCCCACCAUAGCCGGGGCAGUGCCCAGGGGAUGUGUUCCUGCUCCUCAGCCCGGUGCCUUCAUCCUCGCUGGGCCAGCUCCUGCACAGACCCCACGGAAUCUGAGCCCAUCCCAGCUCCUCCUGCCCUCCUCAGCUCCGGGUCCCGCUGCUCCUCUCCUCUGAGCGUGCAAUUGUCCCAGCCCAGGACACAGCCAGGGCCACCCAGGGGCUGUUCCUGGGCAGGGGCUGCUCCUCGCUCCUGCCAUCCCUCCUGCAGCUUUCCAGGCCUGACUCCC